UGUCUUCGAUUUGGGGAUGAUCAAUCAAUUGCUCCGAUUUCAAAUCUCUCUUCGCUUCUGCGUGACUGCGUCUGCGUCUCUAACUCUGCCGAAUUCAGCGUCGGAGAGCGUUACGCUCGAUUUCAGGCGUUCCGAUCUUCGCUUCGGUUCGCCAUUCUGUUCUGUUCCCCUCUUAAAAACCCUAGUUUCUUGACUAUAUUUAUAUAAAUACGUGUGUGUUUCUGAGCCUAGGGUUCAGUCAUUAGGGUUUAUAGUCGAUACUCGUCUAUGAUCUUGAUUCUCUAAUGGUGAUGAUGAGGCAAGAUAUCGCAAACCCGACCCUGACACCGCCGACUCCCGCCGUGUGCGGUAACUGCGGCGUCGAGGAGCGGCGGCUGCUCCACCACGUCCGCCACCGGGGGAUAUUCCGCCGCCUGUGCACCUCCUGCGUCCUGCGCCUCCACCCCCAGUCCUUCUGCCCGACCUGCUUCCUCGUCUACGAGCGGUCUCCUCCUUCCUCCAUCGACGCCGUUUCCUGCUUCAAGUGCUACUCGUCUUCCCACCCUCACUGUGUCGGCGGCCACGCGGCGUCGACCCCUUACAUUUGCCCGCCUUGCGCUAACCCUAAUGCCCCUAUUUUCGACGCCAAGAAGGCGGAAGGUGGAGGCAGCAGAGAGAUCGAUAAGAAGGCUGCCAAGGUGCUUCUUGCCGCCGCGAAGAUUGCCGCGGCUUCCAUGAGUAAGGCUGCGGCGGGAGCGAGGGCGGAGGCGGAGAGGCGGGCCAAGGAGGCGGCUUUUACGAGGAAGAGAGCGAGGGAGGCAUUGGAACAUGUUGCUUUUCUCGUUGCCAAAGAGAGGAUGAGGCGCAGGGAUGUUUUGCAGGCUGAGUUUUCGGGGUCUGGUAAUGCGGUUGCUCAGGAGAGGAACCAUAGAGGUCUGACUGCAACGGCGGUUGUGGAGCAAAACCGGAUUGGAAUUCGGCGUGGGUUGGAUGGUGUGGAUGGUCCAAGUGAGGUUUCUGCGCGGUUGAAUGCUGUGGGUUUGAGAGAGAGGCAAGGAUUUGAGAGCCACCAUACAGUGUCAGGACCACAGGGUAAUGGUGUAGCAAUGUCUUUGGAAGAUAAUGGAAGACCAAGAACAAAUUCCACUGUCGGUGUGGGUGGCCGGUCCAUUCAAAAUAAUGAUAAUGAAAGGUCUAGAAGUUUAGGUAACGGCCAUAACAAUAAUGCUCAGGUGGAGAGAACGAACAAUGGAUUGUAUUCUGUAGGAGGUGAGCUGCAGCACAUGCAAAACAACCAUGGUAGGGAAGGGAAUAUUGCCUCUAAACAAUAAUCAGCAUUGCUUUAGGAAUUACUGGAAACUUGGUGAGGGUAAGGUGUUAGGUUUCUGAGGCUAAUACUGGAUUACUCUCAUAGGAAUGUGGGCAGAAUGAGAUAGGCUUCUAUGAGCUGUAUCUACCAGACCAAGUGAUCUUUUGUCCGUACAUAACAGUUUGUUGUUUUAGUUUGAUGCCUGGUCUUAUGUAGAGUUGUUAAGUUCUUUCUAUGACUGUAUUCUAUCUCCAUUUCCAGUGUUAAAUUUGAUUUUCUGUGUUCUUCUA